GAAGUCUAAUAGAUGUUCUUUGCAAUGAAAAAAAGUACUAAAUGAGUGGUGGAAUGUGUGGAGCCCAAAUAGAAUAGAGUGCAGCAAAAAAGAAAGAAGAAUGGAAAGAAAAGCUAUGGCAGAAUAUGAUCAGACCCACAAACCAACCGUUAAAAUACUGUUUAUCUCCCGCGAGAAAGCUUACAUUUUUAAUUAGCUGUUCAGAACUGGAAAGGCAAACCAGUCUCGUGCUUAUCUCUCUCCAAACACGCCCACCAUGAUCCCACCGCACAUUUCAACUUUUCCUUCUUCCUUUUCACCCAUAAGCUUCCCCUCCCUAGAUCAUCUUUUUGCUAAACUCACUGAGUGCUCUAGAUUUUGUUUUCAGAGAGACAAUGGUGAAAGAAACAGAGUUCUAUGAUGUUCUUGGAGUUAACCCUUCUGCAUCCGAAGAGGAAAUUCGUAAAGCUUAUUAUCUUAAGGCUAGACAAGUUCAUCCUGACAAAAAUCGAAAUGAUCCACUGGCAGCAGAAAGAUUUCAGGUACUAGGAGAAGCUUAUCAGGUUUUGAGUGACCCUGUACAAAGGGACACAUAUGACCGAAAUGGAAAGCAUUGCAUUUCUAGGGAAACCAUGCUGGAUCCCACUGCUGUCUUUGCUCUUCUUUUUGGCAGUGAACUUUUUGAAGAGUACAUCGGACAUCUCUCUGUGGCAUCAAUGGCUUCUUCCGAAUUGGCUAAUGACACUGACUGUCCAGAAAGAAUACAUGAUAGGUUAAAGGCUGUCCAGAGAGAACGAGAAGAAAAGCUUGCGAGGACACUUAAAGACUUUCUGCAACAGUUUGUUCGAGGUGACAAAGUAGGAUUCAUGCGCCAUGCUGAAUCAGAAGUAGAACGUCUUUCACAAGCAGCUUUCGGGGUGGAUAUGCUUCACACAAUUGGGUACGUAUAUGCAAGGCAAGCAGCACAAGAGCUGGGAAAGAAGGCCAUUUAUCUGGGUGUACCAUUCUUGGCUGAGUGGGUUCGAAACAAGGGUCAUUUCUGGAAAUCACAAAUUACUGCAGCUAAAGGGGCUUUCCAAUUAUUGCAGCUUCAAGAAGACAUUCGUCACCAAUUUAAACCGGAUGGAAGUGGCCAUGAAAACGAUAUUGAAUCGCAUAUGAAGUUGAACAGGGAUACUCUUAUGAGCUCCUUAUGGAAGAUGAAUGUGGUGGACAUUGAAGUAACCCUUUUACAUGUCUGCCAAUUGGUUCUACAAGAUAAUAAUGUGAAAAAGGAUGAACUCAAGGCACGCGCUACAGCUUUGAAAUUUCUAGGGAAGAUAUUCCAGAGAGAAAAGGACAGACAAAAUGGAGGAACAUCAAAGAAAACUAUUGGUUCAGAAAUAAAUGGAAACGAAACCUCUGAUAGCAGUGAUGACGACGACGACGAUGAUUCACAAAGAGCUCUUAAUUAUCGCACUCCCAUGUUAACUCAGGGAAUUGGUAGACUGUUUAGAUGUCUGUGUAACCCGGCCUUCCAAGUUGACGACGGUGAGGAAAUUGUGUACAAAAGCAAGUGAAAACUAAAAGAGAUUGUGUGACUUCUUAAAAUUUAUGUUUUGGAUCUACUUAUUAUUAUUUUUUCUUUCUUUCUUGUAAAUCAUUUGUUUGUUCUUUUGGUGUAAAUGUACACACAAUUAAGCACAACUUAUGGUCAUGAUUGAUGCUUAUGGUCAUGUUGAUUCAUCAAUCUUCUACCUGUUACAUAUAGUUUUUAACUAUUAUUUUCA